GGGGCGGGCCCGCGGCUUCCGCUCCAGCGGGGCGCGUAGCGGACAUGGCGGGCUCCCGGUGCCCGCGGCAGCUCUUUCUCCAGGGCGUGGCCGCCGUCUACAUGUGCGCCUUCGCUUCCCUCUACACGCAGAUCCCGGGCCUGUAUGGCACGGAGGGCAUCCUGCCUGCACGGAAGAUACUGCGGCCUCAGGGCAAGGGACGCUGGCAGCAGCUGUGGGAGACCCCAACGCUCCUAUGGGAGGUCCCAAGGCUGGGGCUGGACACCGCCCAGGGCCUGGAGCUGCUGAGCCUGCUGGGCACCCUGCUGGCCCUGGGUGCACUCCUGCUGCACCAGCUGCGCCAUCUCCUCAUCUACCUGCUGCUCUGGGCGGCCUACCUGUCAGUCUGCCAGGUGGGCCAGGUGUUUCUUUAUUUCCAGUGGGAUUCCCUGCUGCUGGAGACUGGCUUUCUGGCCGUUCUGGUGGCCCCUCUGAGGCAGCGCCCCCACCACAAGCAGGCGCCCUGGGGCAGGCUGGCCAGGGCCUCUCCUCAUGAAGGCCUCCCCUUCUGGCUCGUGCGCUGGCUGCUGUUUCGUCUCAUGUUCGCCUCGGGUGUGGUCAAGCUGACCAGCCGCUGCCCCACGUGGUGGGGGCUCACUGCCCUCACCUACCAUUACGAGACGCAGUGCCUGCCCACGCCCGCUGCCUGGUUUGCUCACCACCUGCCUGUCUGGCUGCACAAACUCAGCGUGGUUGCCACGUUCCUCAUUGAGAUCGCAGUGCCACCUCUGUUCUUCGCCCCUGUUCGUCGCCUGCGCCUGGCUGCCUUCUGCUUCCAGGUUUUGCUGCAAGUUCUAAUCAUCCUCACCGGCAACUACAACUUCUUCAACCUGCUUACCCUGGUGCUCACCACUGCUCUUCUGGAUGACGAGCACCUGGCUGCCAAGUGCAACAGCAGCUGCAAGAAGUCGCCCCCCUCGUGGCCCAGGGCUUUGCUGGCCAUGCUGCCCCUGCUGCUGGAGCUGACCGUCUAUGGGCUGCUGGCCUGUGGCGCCGUGUACUGCUUUGGACUGGAGGUCGACUGGCAGCAGCACACGGUCCAUUCCAGAACCACCUUCACCUUCCACCAGUUUUCCCAGUGGCUGAAGAUGGUGACCCUGCCCACCAUGUGGCUGGGAGCGGUCUCCCUUGCCUGGGAACUCCUGACAGCCUUCUGGAGGUGGACCCAGGUGCAAGGGUGGCUCCAGAAACUCUAUGCUGCAGUCCAGCUCUCCAUCUUGGGCACUGCCACGGUGGCCUUGUUCAUGACCAGCUUGGUGCCAUACUCCUACGUGGAGCCCUCGACCCAUGGGCGCCUCUGGACUGGGGCCCACCGCCUGUUUGGAGCCGUGGAGCACCUGCAGCUGGCUAACUCCUACGGCCUGUUUCGGCGGAUGACGGGUCUGGGAGGGCGGCCAGAGGUCGUGCUGGAGGGCAGCUAUGAUGGGCGCCACUGGACUGAGAUCGAGUUCAUGUACAAGCCUGGGAACGUGAGCCGGCCGCCCCCCAUUGUGGUGCCCCACCAGCCACGCCUCGACUGGCAGAUGUGGUUUGCCGCCUUGGGCCCGCCCUCGCACAGCCCCUGGUUCACCAGCCUGGUGCACCGCCUGCUGCAGGGCCAGGAGCCAGUGAUCCGCCUGAUCCAGAACGACGUGGCCAGGUACCCCUUCCACAAGCACCCGCCCACCUAUGUGCGGGCCCAGCUCUACAAGUACUGGUUCUCGCAGCCCGGGGCACAGGGCCAGUGGUGGCGGCGCCAGUGGGUGGAGGAAUUCUUCCCCACCGUGGCCCUGGGGGACCCGACGCUGGACAUGCUGCUCAGGCAGUUUGGCCUGCAGGACAGGAGCCCCCCCAGGGCCCGCAGCUCCAACACCACCUUGGCUCAGGCCCUCCGCUGGGCUCGGAGACAGCUCUCUCCUCUGGAGGCUCCCGCCCUGCUUUGGGGGCUCCUAGUCACUGUGGGGGUCAUCAGGGUUGUGCAGGCCCUGCUGGGGCCCCCUGCCAAGGAAGGGAAGCACAGGCCAGCCCCCAAGAAGGACGCGGGAAUUGCCAGCCAACUGACAGCCUCAGCCCCGAGCAACGGUAGCAGUGGUUCCCAGACACCCCGGCGCAAAAAGUAGCCACCUUCUGUCAGCCACAUGUCCAGAGAGGGCCAGGGCCCCCGGCACAUCUCUGGCCUCCUGCGGCAAGACACGGCCCAGCCGUCGUGCCUUAGCCAACAGCUCAGCAGGUGCUCUGGGGCAGGCUCUGCCUGCUCACCCCCCGCCCACCAACCAUGUUCCUGGCUGGUGGCCCAGAGGGCAGAUGUGUGGCCAGUCAGGGCUGUGGGAGGCCCUCUCCCUCUGCCCCACUGUAGGGUCCUGAGUCGGAUGCCUGACCCCAGCAGGUGCACAAGUGGGGAGAGGCUGACCUGCUGAGGAAGAUGACCCUGAGACGAUGUUCCCGCACCAGCCCAUCGUCACCUAGAUCCAUGAACCAAUAAAGGCAUAUCUUAGCUUGA